CCAUCAUUGGUGUCAGUGGGAAGAAUCGUGUCCCAUUGGUGUCAGUGGGAAGAAUCGUGUCCCAUCAUUGGGGUCAGUGGAAAUUGCGCCCCAUCAUUGGUAUCAGUGGGAAGAAUAGUGCCCCAUCAUUGGUGUCAGUGGGGAGGAGGAAUAGUGCCCCAUCAUUGGUAUCAGUGGGGAGAACAGUGCCCCAUCGUUGGUAUCAGUGGGGGAGGAACAGUGCCUCAUCGUUGGUAUCAGUGGGGGAGGAACAGUGCCUCAUCGUUGGUGUCAGUGGGGGAGAACAGUGCCUCAUCGUUGGUGUCAGUGGGGGAGAACAGUGCCUCAUUGUUGGUGUCAGUGGGGGAGAACAGUGCCUCAUUGUUGGUGUCAGUGGGGGAGAACAGUGCCUCAUCGUUGGUGUCAGGGGGAGAACAGUGCCUCAUCGUUGGUGUCAGUGGGGGAAACAGUGCCUCAUCGUUGGUGUCAGUGGGGGAGAACAGUGCCUCAUCGUUGGUGUCAGUGUGGAGGAGGAAUAGUGCCCCAUCGUUGGUGUCAGUGGGGAAGAGGAGCGGCUGCUCCUUC